AUGGAUAUUCAAUUCGUAGGUGAAAAAUCUACGUUAUUAACUUGGUAUACUACGAAAUAUGUUUCCAAAGCAGAAAAGAGUAAUAAAGCAGAAGAUACAUCUGAAAAGAUAAAUUCAGCAAAAUCGUUGAGAAGUUGUCUUUGGAAUAUUGGAAUGCGUAUGUUGAAUCAUAGAGAAUGUGGAGCUCUCGAAGCUGCUGACACUUUAUUAGGAAUACCAUUAUAUGGUACUGACAAAGAAACGACUAUAAGAUGGUUAGAUGUAAAUAUGAUUAGAAGUAGACGACUUAAAUCUCGCAAAAAGAUUGAAAUGCUUUUUUCUGAAUCUAUGGAUAUUUUUUGUCCUUCUCUAAUUGAUACAUAUUAUCCAAGCAGACCUAAAGAACUAGAAUCUACUAAUUUGUAUGAUUAUGCAAAAUGGUAUGAUAUUACGAAAACUAAACCAAUUUCUAAGACGAUAAAGUAUUACGUGCUUGGUGAAUCUUUAUAUUUAAAGAAACGUAAACAUGGAUAUCUUAUCAAUCAUUACAAAUAUAAUGUUCAUACUCAACCAGAGCGUUACUAUUUUUCAUUAUUGUUAUUAUUUCAAUCUUGGAGAGAUAUUAGUGAAUUAAAGAAUGAAUGUGAUAAUUAUGCAGAAGCAUUUUCUUUAAUACAAUAUAAAUUGAAAGAUGCUCUUCAGUAUCAUGAAAAAAUAACCGACAUUCAGCAAGGUGGUACUGGAAAGAGUUUUUUGAUAAAAACUAUUAGAUGUUGGAUUAAAAAAUAUAUUGAAAAAGACACAGCGGUAACUGCACCAACCGGUAUAGCAGCUUUUAAUAUUGAUGGACUUACUAUUCAUAGAUUAUUUCAAUUACCGGUAGAACAUGGUCGUACUGCCAAAUAUACACAACUUUCUGAUGUAGUUCUUAAAAUUAUACUAUACGAGAGUAAGAAUGUUGUUUUAAUAAUUAUCGAUGAAGUUUCAAUGAUUUCAAAUAUCACUUUAAUGUACAUACAUCUUCGAUUAAAUUAACUAUUUAAUACCAUGGAUUGCGAUAAUGGAUGGUUCGGCAAAAAACAUAUACUUCUUUUUGGAGAUUUAUUGCAACUUCCACCUGUGCAUGAAGAUCCGCCUUUUAUUGAAUUAUCAAAAUUAAAAAUUGAGAAAUACAUUGGUGCAAUGGGUUCUAUAAAUUUAUGGUCUUUAUUUAGUUAUGAUGAAUUACAAAUUAAUGUACGACAACAAGGUGAUAAUUCUUAUCGAGAUAUAUUAACGAGAAUUCGAAUUGGAACAAUUACAGAUUCGGACGUAACUAUUUUAGAAACGAGGAAAAUCAAUUUUAGAGAAACUAAUUGUGACGACCGAUUACAAGAAUUAUGUAAUUAUUUACAAAAUUUACCAAUGGAUACUGUUUGCUUACUUCCAACUUGUGCAUUAUGUGAUAUUUUGAAUACUGCAAUGUUAAAUCGUAUUUCUUCGGAUAAGAUAGAACUCGUUGCUCAAGAUCUGGCAGAAUGUGCACCAUAUUUAAAGAAAAAAGUUAUGAAGAUAUUAAAUAAAGAUGAUGAAGAUAGUUCUCGAACAGCUGGAUUAGCAAGAAUCAUAACUGUCAAAUUAGGAGCUCGUGUAAUGGUUAGAAGAAAUAUCGAUGUUAGUUUAGGUCUUGUAAAUGGUACGAUUGGUACAAUUACAUCAAUUAUACGUAGCGCAAUUGAUAAUGAAGUAGAAAUGAUUAAGAUAAUAGUGUCAUCAGGAAUAGAGCAUAUUAUAGAACGUUUAAAUGUCAAGUUUGAAGUAAUGGAUAGAGCAUUUGUUAUAAGAAAACAAUUUCCUAUAUGUCUAAGUUAUGGUAUGACUAUUCAUAAAAGUCAAGGUCUGAGUUUAAAACAUGCUGUUGUGGAAGCUGGAAAUUUUAUAUUCAGUUGUGGACAAGUAUAUGUCGCUCUUUCACGAGUGACUACCCUGAGUGGAUUGCACCUUAUAAAUUUUGAUCCCUCUUCUGUAAAAGCAAAUGAGUUAGCUAUAAUAGAAUAUAAUAGAUUGCGAACACAAUACAGGCCAGAUCUUAUACAUAUUAAUAUUUUGAAACAACGUGUUCACAAGAUUCGUGAUACAAUUUGGGCAAUAUCAUCAAAAAAUAUCUUGGAAUGUCAAGUUAAUGAUAAGGAUAUUAAUGAUUCUACUUUAUGACAUAUAAGAGAACUUCCAAAUGUUGAUAAUAUACCUUGCUAUGCUAAUGUUUCAAUUCAAUGUAUACUUCGUUCUUCUAUUCUCUGAAAAUUGUUGCUUCGUCUUGAGCACAGGAAUAUUAUAAGAAAAUUUAUUAAUUGUUACAUGUCAAACAAUGAAACUAUUAAUAUAAUGGCAAUACGCCAAUUGGCAGGAGAUCAAUAUCUUGAAAAGAUUCAACGAGAUGUUAGUGAGUUUAUUAUACAUCUUAUUAAUAACAUAGAUAAUAUAAAGAGUGUAAUCGAGCACCAAUUAAACAUAACUUUACGAUGUAAGGUAUGCAACUAUACAAACACAAAAAUUUAUACAAAUUAUAUAUUAUUGCUCCAAUUACCCGAAAAUUUAAAAAAA